AUGUCAUUUACAAGGUUGUCUAAGCAAAUUCAACCCAUCGCAAGGACUGCCGUUGCAAGACAAACAGCCUCUCUUGUAUCAACUCAAUUGUUCCGUCACUUCACAGUCCCAUCUGUAUUCAACGCCACCAAGCCUGUCAUCUGCAACUCCAUCAAGACUUCUUUUAGAACUUACAGUGUUUUAACUGAGUCACCAGAAGCUAAAGUAUACAAAUACGACGACGUUAAAGAAAUUGCCACAAAUCCAAGCAAGCACCCCGAUUCAGUUUUGGUUGAUGUUAGAGAGCCUGUUGAGUACGAUGAUGGCCACAUUCCCGGGGCAAUCAAUGUACCUUUCAAAAGCAGUCCUGGGGCUUUAGACUUGUCAGAGGAUGAUUUCCUCGAUAACUUUGGAUUUGAAAAGCCUGAAAAGAAUAAGGAGUUGGUGUUCUAUUGUCUUGGAGGAGUUAGAUCUACUGCUGCUGAGGAGUUAGCCAACACUUUUGGGUACAAAAAGAGAGGAAACUAUGUUGGAAGUUACGAAGAUUGGGUUGCGCAUGAGAACAAGAACAAGUCAGUUGAUUAG